AGCCUAUUGUUGAAAGCUCAUAUUGUACAAUAUCUUUUUAAAACUACGGAGUUGUACUGAUAUUGUUCGAGAUGAUCACUGAUAGUGUCGGAACGUAGAAGAAGAAUGUUUUUGUAUGCUGUUCUAAGGCUUCUGAGGCCACAUUCAAUUGCCGAUAGAUUUUGCAGUUGUAAACAGGAGUCGAAUAUAUGGGCGAAUGACAAAUACCAAAGCUGCCAAGAUGGAACCAAAAGCAGCGUGUUUAUAACCUGAAGAAUUUUGAUCGACUCAUCAUGAGUGGAGAUUGUACAGAAGUGCGGAAAAUGUGGGUGCCUGCAAAAAAAAACAUGCAGCACGCCUUCUUCAUCGCACAGGUGCAGCCCGGAGGUCGGUUACUGCAGCAAUGUAUGUGCAAUAUUUGUAAGCAGGGAACAAUGAAGACGAGUUUCGAAAAGAUUCGGGUAGCCGGACUUGAGGGUGUAUAACGACGCCAGCUCGAAUCGCGCUUCCGUUGUCACUUCCAAAAGCGUCAGCACAAACGUCGCACAUCGCUUCUUCACAGUCCACCUCUCAGUCGAAAGCAUUUGUUAGCAAGGGAAUAAUGAAAUUUGCGCAAUCAAACGUUUCUGCCAGCGUUUCGCUCGGAUGACCAAAUUGUUAGAUUUGAGUGUGCGUCUGACAAUUGAGACUCUAUUUGUGGUCCACAUCUCAAUAUGAC